AUGUUUCCCUCAACCUUUCUUCUCAUCUUCCUCUUUCUACUCUUUCCCACCUCAACACACACAUGCUCUUUUAGUAAUGAGCCAAACACAACAAAAACACACCAUUGUCCACCGUUCUCCUCCACCCCACCUUUCCCGUUCUCAUCUUCACCAGGCUGUGGCCACCCUUCUUUUCAACUAAACUGCUCAUCUCCCCACUCUUUCCUCACCAUCAAUAACCUCUCUUUCUCCAUCAUCUCUUACAAACCCAACUCUUCCUCAAUCUUACUCUCCCCUCACAACCCACCAAACAACAACACUUGCCCAUCUUCAUCAUCUUCAUCGUCCCCAAUCCCUAACAAACCCAUCAACCUCUCAAACACCCCAUUCACUCUCUCAGAUGAACUAUGCUCUCGUCUCUCUUUUCUCCAACCAUGUCCCCCUCCAACCCUCCCCAAUUGCACCCACUGCCCUUGGCAAUGCAAAAUCAUCAAAAACCCAACCGAGAUCUUCACUAACUGUAGAUCUAUGCAUCACUCUGUUUCGGAUUCCGAACCCAGUUGCCAAAGCGAUGUUCUUAGUUACCUCAACGAGAUACUCACUUUCGGUAUCGAACUUCAAUGGGAUGAAGCACUAACACAAGACACUUACUUCACAAAUUGCACACAUUGUCUCAACAAAAACGGCUUCUGCGGUUACAAUUCAUCAGACCCGAGCAAACACUUCAUCUGUUUCCAUUCUAAAGAAACCAUUUCACCACCAUGGAUUCAUAAAAUGAAGCUCAACAAAAUUGCUGUUUUCGCGGUUAUCAUCGCUUUCACUUCCUUGCUCCUUUUUAUCACAGUAACAAUCUCGAUUCUCCGAUCCAGAAGCUUAAACAAACAAUCAGUAUCAGAAGAUCCAACCACCGCCUUCCUCCACAACCACCACUCCGCCAAUCUCUUCCCACCGGUUUUCACCUACGACGAACUGAACUCCUCCACUAACAACUUCGAUCCAAAUCGAAAACUCGGCGAUGGUGGAUUCGGUUCGGUCUACCUCGGCAAUCUCCGAGACGGAAAACUCGCCGCCGUGAAACACCUCCACCGUCAAAACCCAAACCACACUUCCGCGUUCUCAUCAAAAUCGUUCUGCAACGAGAUUCUGAUUCUCUCUUCAAUCAACCAUCCAAACCUCGUCAAACUUCACGGUUACUGUAGCGAUCCUCGUGGUCUGAUUCUCGUUUACGAUUACGUUCCAAACGGAACCCUAGCGGAACACAUUCACGGCUCCAAGAGUAAACGAAACGGUUACAAGCUGACGUGGCAAACGAGGCUUGAUAUUGCUAUACAAACGGCGUUAGCGAUGGAGUAUCUUCAUUUUGCGGUUAAGCCACCGAUAGUUCACAGAGAUAUAACGUCGUCGAAUAUCUUCGUUGAGAAGGAUAUGAGAAUCAAAGUCGGUGAUUUCGGGUUAUCGAGGCUGUUGAUUUUGCAAGAAACGAGUCAAACAGCGUCGUCUGGUGGUUACGUUUGGACCGGUCCUCAAGGUACACCGGGGUAUUUAGAUCCGGAUUAUCACCGGUCGUUCCGGUUAACGGAAAAGAGUGACGUGUAUAGUUUUGGUGUGGUUUUGCUUGAACUGAUAUCGGGGCUUAAAGCUGUGGAUUAUUGUAGGGAUAAACGUGAGAUGGCUCUUGCUGAUAUGGUUGUUUCUAGGAUUCAUACGGGUCAGUUGAGGGAGGUACUUGACCCGGUUCUUGAUUUGGGGAACGACGGUGAGGCGCUUGACGCGGUGGCGGCUGUGGCGGAGUUGGCGUUCCGGUGUGUUGCGGCGGAUAAAGAUGAUAGACCUGAUUCAAGGGAGGUUGUUGCGGAGUUGAAACGGAUUCGGUUACGAAGGAGAUUCAAUUUGAAUGAGAACCUAGAGACAUGGGAGGAGCCCGAUAUGCAUGGGUCAAAUUUUUCAGGGUUCCGGUACUUGCGUGGAGGAGGAAAACAUUGUCGAUAUUGGUACUUUUUUUCAGCAGAUUUAUUAAAAUGGAUCAGGAACUGUGCGGCUGCUACUGAGGCCGAAGAGAAUGACCUUGGAGAAAUCCCAUCCGAGGAAGAUGAUGAUGUUGACUCAGUGGGCUUAGAAGAUUCAUUCAUCUCUCCAUCAAUGGAGAUUUCGGAAGAUGAAGAGUCAUCGAAGAAGAUAGUGGAAAGGAACAUUAAAGGCGAAAAUGAAGACGACAACACAAAAAUAUUGGAAAACAAAGAAAUAAUAGGAAAUCUAAUUGAACCACCGAUAUCUGAACACCUAAAUCCCAGACCCAUCACAAUAUCUAAUCGUGGCGAACAGGGAGCAAACACUUUAAGGAAUGAACGGGUAAACAAAGUUCAGUCAGAAGACAAGCCAUCAUCAGAGAUGGAGACCCAAUGUGAGAGCAGCAGAGAAUUUAGUAGAAUCAUGGGGGAAAAGUCCCGAACUGGAAUCAUGGAGAAGGAAAUCACAACAAGGGAGAAGGCAAGCAAUGGGGUCUACUGGGAUUCAUCAACCAAACUGACGGGAGCUGCACAAAUUUUCAAACAAAGAAGAAAGAGAAGACUGACAAUAAUGAAAGAAAAAAAGAAAAACUAG